UCUACCUGGCCUAUGACACUCUUCUUUCUUUCCCAUGUGCAAUGUGCAUGCCUGCUUUGCCCUCAGCUCCCAAUCCCCCUCCUUCUGCUUCUUUAUCGUGCACCUUCCUGGACUGCAGAGCUGAAAACUAUUUUACUCAGAUGCCUGUGAAGCUAGGAUUCCAGCUGCAGAUUAUGUUCUGCCAAUAGCUAGACUUGUGUGAGGCCGACACGAUGGAAUGAAAUGGAGGCCGCCUUCCCACUGCUUUGGUCACUUCCUGCAGCCAGAGCAGACAUGGAGUGGGGUUCUGCAGCAGCAUCUCAGAGCCCAGUGUCCACCCCAGGGGUGUGAGAUGCUGUAGUGGUGGCUCCCUGGUCCCAGCUUCGGGACCCCUGGAUUGUAAGGUCAUUGUGGUUCUUCAGCUCAUGCCGUGUGGGGAUAGCAUCCUGUUGGCUUGCUUUCUGUCAUGUGGCUGGAGGCCUUGCAGUGCUCUGGGAGACCCAGUCUUCUCUUCCAGUAGUCCUGCUCCACCUAUCCCCCACCCCCAGUCCCUGUCAACACCUUUUAAAAUUCCCCAAUUCCCUAUGUUGAAUCUGUUUGUGCUUGUAAAAGCCUGGAUGUUUCCUUCUUCACGGAACCUGACCAAUCACCGUGGUACACCCCUACUCAGGCUCCAAAACCCGGCUUCAGUCUCCAGCUCCAGGAUGACUGACCUCCUCUGCCAGGCUGACAUGGGUACCUCUCCUCUUGGCCAGAAGGACCCAACUCCUCCACAGUCACCCCAUCUUAGACUUUCCCACAUGACAGUGACAUUUCCUGUUUACGUUCUGUCAUCCCCACUGGACUGUGACCCCCAGAGGUAGGGACUGGGUCUUCUCAGCCAUGCAUCUGAGUGUUUAGCAGAGAAUCUUGCCUCUGGUAGGCACUCUGGGAACAUUUUAUGGAAUGAAUGCAGAGAAGGUAGCAACUUGUCAGUUCAAAAGGAUUUAGGAGAAACUGUAAGAUUCAUAGAUUGAGAAAAAAAGCAAUUUAACCUUCCCCUUUGGCAAAAAGAAAUUCACUUCUUAUUAAGAGCUUUUAUUAAGAGCAAUGUACCUGGUGGAGCUCAUUGCUGAUGAGGGGCAGCUCUCAGAUCAAGGGUCUCAUUUCAGGUCUAAUAUCUGGGAUCACUUCGUGGACCUGUCCUCCUGCUGGUGUCCAGGCUACCCUGGAGGAAUUUCAGAACUGAUGGCCAGAUUGAUGAUGGAAAACAGCUCUGGUUUUUGAGGCAGGAAGUCCUGGCUCUGCCACUCACUGGUACUGUGGCCUUGGGCAAGUGACAGCACUGCCCGAGUUCAGUUCCCAUCUGCAGAGUGUGCUGGUGACACCUACAUGGUAGGGUUGUUGUGAGGGGCAAAUGUGGUUUAGAAGAAGCACCUAUGACUGAGCCAUCACCUGAUACAUGGUGGCUGGGAUAAGAUUUCAGUGACUUGAGAUUUCAGGAUUUUCCAUUUUCAUUUGGGCAAAAACGGUUCCCACCACUGACCUCUUGUUGGACUGUAGCUGAGGUCAAGGGGUCCCUGCGUGUUGUUAUGAGUGUGAGGCCUACGGUUCUGGAUUCAGAACACAGGAAAAGGGUGGUGCAUUCUUCCUAAGCGCUGACUGGAUUCUGGCUCAGGACCUGUUCCCAGGUGGUUGGGAGUGACAGAGGGGCAUCAUGGGAAAUGGCGCAGCGGGGAGGGUCACGCUUUGGGGAGGUGCCAACCUCAGUGUGAGUCCUGGCUCCACACCUGACCCGCUGUGCUCCCUGAAGUAGCACCUGUGCCACUUCACCUCUCUGGGCCUCAUUUUCUUUACUUGCAAAGUGGAACUUACAGCGCUUCCCUCACAGGGCUGCUGGGAGCUUAUCAAAGAUAAUUUAUACCUGAUCCUGGCAUCGUGCCUGGCACAGUGAAUAAUGGCAUCUAUGCACAUGCUGCUUAUGGGCAUCAGUGAGGAAGGAGCUCACAGCAUGGGCUUUGGCAUCAGAUUAACUUGAGCUUGGUUCUCAUCCAUCUGAGAGCUGUGUGCCCUUAGCUGAGUCACUGCCUCUCUGAGUGCCGCUUCCUCUGACGGAGGAAGACGGUAAUGGCACCCACCCUGGGGGUAUGCUAUGAGGAUAAUAAGAUGACGUCACACGUGGAGACAACUCAUUGGGGCAUCAGCAGAUGCAUGACAACUACUAGCUGGAAUGAUAAACUUCCACGCCCAGCUGAGGCGAAGCAGGAGGAAACGGGAGGUUUGGCCCGUUGGGAAAGGGACAUUCUCUCCAGUUCCAGUUCAGCUCGGCUGCUGGCAUCUGUCUGCACUCUUGGCUGAGGGAAGGCAGCGCAGCUUUCCCUCUGCCUUCUCAUUGCUACUGCAGAGCUUUCCUCCUCAGGAAAGCAGCCACCUGCUUCCCCAGCCCUUUCCUGAUCCCUCCAUUUUAAGCGUUUUUAAGUGUACAAGUUAUAAGUACAUUCAUAAUGCUGUGUAACAAUCAUCGCUAUCCAUUUCCAAAACUUUUUCAUCCCAAACAAAAACUCUGAUGUUUAAACACUAUUUACACCUCCUCCCAGCCCUUAGUAACUUCUAUUGUAUUUUCUGUCACUAUGAGUUUGCCUAUUCUAAAUACCUCUAAAUAUAGACAUAGACAUGUACUGUAUUUGUCUUUUUUGUUGCAGGCUUAUUUUACUUAUAAUGUUUCAGUGUUCAUCCAUGUUGCAGCAAGUAUCAGAACUUCAGUCCUUUUUAUGGCUGAAUAAUAGUCUACGACAUGUAGAGACUACUCCACUUAUCUGCUGAUUGAUGCUGGUUUGGCUCCUGUGAAUAAUGCUGCUGUGAACAUUGGUGUACCAGUAUUUGUUUGAGUCCCUUUUUUCAGCUCUUUUUGGUAUACACCUAGGGGAAGAAUUGUGAGGCCAUAUGGCGAUUCUAUAUUUAAUAUUUUGAGAAACCACCAACACUUCUUCCACAGCAGCUGUACUGUUUUACACCCCCUACCACAAUAUGUCUGCCUUCAUAGUCUACACUCCACCAGCAUGUAUGCAGGUAACAAUCAGACAAACUGACAUCUCUUAUCAGCCAGGGACAAACACUAUGAAGAGAAAUAGAGCUGGGCAAAGGAUCAGGAUUGAUGGGGCAAAGGGUGGGCAAGGGGCCUGUUGGAGGAUGUGAAGUUUAAGCCAAAACCUAGAUGAAGUGACGGAGUGAACAGGAAGGCAAGAAGUGUUCCAGAUGGAAGGCGCAGCACAAGCAAAGUCUCCGCAGCAGGAACGUGUUCGGGUGUCUGAGGAGCAGCCGGGAGCCGGGGUGUCUGCUGAGCAGUGAGCGGGCAGGAAGCGGGAGGUCGGCAGAGAGAAGGCCUUGCAGGUGAGGAGUGUGGAUCAUAUUCCAAGUCAGAUGAAGACCACCGGAGUGUUUUAAACAGGAGUAUAGCAUAAUCUGAGUUACAUUUGGGAAAGUAUCUCUCAGGUUGCUGAAGACUCAAGUAAUAGGUAGGGGCUAAUGCUGGAAUGAGGGGCCAGUGGGGCUGGAGCUGUCAUCCACGACAGAAGUGAUGGGGGCCAGACCAGGGCAACGGAGCCACAAACAGUGAAGACAUCCAAUGACUUGGGUGUGGGGCCAGAGAAAGAGAGAAGUCAAGGAUGGCUUCUCCUCAACUCUCCUUGCUUCCAGGCCUCUGCCCACAAUGCCCUUCCUUCCCUUUGCUGAACAUUUCCCACUCCCGCAUCAGCUCACCUGGCUCUCACCUCCCAGACUCUGCUCCUCCCCACCCCCCCACCAGGCUCUUCUGUCUCCCCACAGAGAUCCUGAUCUCCUUCCAACCCUGUACUCGUCACACCUCUAAGAGUGGCCUGUUCCUACAUCCAGCCCCCAAUCUGGAUCACGAGCACAGAGAAGGCAGAAUUGCACGCUAUGCAUUGCACUUCUAGGGCCAAACACACUGUUAUAUGAGUGUGUUUCAAUAUGAGAGUAAGAGAGAGAGAGACUGAGCAUUGCUCCAUCUCAAACACAGGCUCUGACUGUCUGUCCCGUGGCGGCCAUGCAGCCAGCAGCUGGUGUGGGUCCUCCGAGAGCCAUGCCAGGCACACUGCAGAGUGAAGACUGGAAGCUCAGCAGAGGGUGGGGACUCAAUUCCCUGGAAUCCUCCUGAGUGACCCAUGGUCAGCUGCUCCCACUUUCCAGGGCAACAGGUGGAUAAAGGAAAGACACAGAUCUCCAUGAAUGAGACGGAGCCAGGGUGGGGAAAGGCUCGGAAGUGGUCCAGCCUGGGUCAGGGCACAGGUCUGAAGUCCACGGCCUGGCUUGAGGCCAUGCAGAUGGGGCUCUACUAUGUUCUAUCUGCACAACUUUGAAGCUUCACACAGCCUCUGUUCCUUAAAGCAGGGUGGGGAUCAUAUUCUAAUUGCAGGGCUGUUGGGAAAAAUCAAGUGUGAUAAUAACGUGAACAGUUGACAACAGGGCCUGGCAUGUAGGGUGGCCUUCAGAAGCUGCCUUUAUAUUUUCACUUUUCUAUCUCCUGCCAAGUUCUUCCUUAUUCCUCCCUAACAGAAUGGUUUGAGGGCUGGUGGUUACAAAUGCCUUCUUCUCUUCCGCCUUUGUUUUUGGUUCAUGUCAAGAUCUGAAUCAGAGAUGUGUGCCCUGAAGACACGGCAGAGAUUGGGGGUACUCCUGACCCUGCACAAGGUCAUUUAUCUCCAGGCUUUGAGAUCUGCGUGGGGGAGCUGUUGCAGCAGCCCUAGCCGGCAGGAAGAGCCAAGACAGAAUGGUGUGGAAAGGGCUGGUACUGGCUGCUUGCCUGCUCGCACUCCCCUCUGUCUCAGCGGACUGCCGGGCCCAGUGCUCCUUGUGUGCUGUGAAGACCCAGGAUGGACCCCAACCCAUCAACCCCCUGGUUUGCUCCCUGGAAUGCCAGGCUGCCCUGCAGCCUGCUCAGGAGUGGGAGAGGUGCCAGGGCCUUCUGUCUUUCCUCACUCCCUUCACUGUUGGGCUCAAUGGCAAGGAAGACUUGGAAAGCAAGGCAGUUUUGGAAGAGUCCAGCAGUGAGCCGGCCAAGCACAUCAGGCCCUACUUGAAGGAACUAGAAAAAAACAGAUUCCUUCUCAGCACUCCAGCAGAGGAGAAUGCUCUAAGCAGCAACCUGGCAGAGAAGCUCAGGGGUCUCUCUGGCAGGCUGGGGGAGGGUGCAGAGUCUGAGUUGAAUGGAGAUGCUCAGCUGAACGAUGGUGCCCUGGAGGCUGGAGCGCGGGAUUCCGAUGAGGAGGAACCCAAGGAGCAGGUCAAACGCUAUGGGGGCUUUUUGCGCAAAUACCCCAAGAGGAGCUCAGAGGUGACUGGGAAGGGAGCUGAGGAAGGGGAGGGGGAUGAGGUGGGCCAUGAGGACCUGUACAAGCGCUACGGGGGAUUCUUACGGCGCAUCCGUCCCAAGCUCAAGUGGGACAACCAGAAGCGCUAUGGUGGCUUCCUCCGGCGUCAGUUCAAGGUGGUCACUCGGUCUCAGGAAGACCCCAGUGCCUAUUACGAAGAGCUUUUUGAUGAGUAAACACCUCCCCAUCAUGGAGUUGAGUCAGGAGCUUCCCAUAAUGCCCUGGAGAUUGAAGUGAACUCAUUCAUCCGCCCCUGUGGUCCCCAUCCCCAUGCUCAGUUCAGCAUUGUCUACAAGACUUCCAAACCUAGUCUGCCUCUCUUCUGCCCAGAUGCCGUGUUUGUCCAGGUCAGUGAGAAGGGAGGAGGGAGGUUUCCCUCUCCAGUAGAUUAGUGCUUGCCUUCACCCUACAUCUCUAAAACUACCAGCAGCAGCAGCUUUGCUAUCAAUUCACUUUAUAUGACUCCCCCGUCCCAGGAAUCCAGACUGACCCCUUGAUCCCUCUGGAUCUAUGAUCAAGUAUUCUGAUCAAUGCCCCUCAGAAGGAAAAGGAACAUUCCCCCCCCAUGCAGAUAUAUAUA